GGCUCCGCAAAAUUCAACGGCAACCGAAACCCAAGACCGACCACCUCAGUUUAGACAGCCGACGACAAUAUCAUCCAUUCGGCUAAGCCACCAUGCCCGAUCCAUCGUUUUGAAUCCGGAGUUGUGAUCGCGAGAUUUCAGGCUAUCUUUUGAUGCGCAAAUCAAUGCAGGUUUCCUCCGCGACGGUGCUGCAUUCUGCGCACAAGUGUCCCGACGCCUGAAGGUUCGCGCAUCGAUCGCUACAUCCGCGUUCGGCCAUUAUCGCGAGCCCGCACCAUGGUCGACAUCAACCCCGCCGCCCUGAGCCGGCCAUCUAUCAGCCUCUCAACCCCCGUGCUCUCUAACAAGUCCAUCAAUGUGUCGGUUCCUUCAAUACACAAGACCCCUAAAACCAGCCAGCUUAUACCCCCCCGCAUCGAUCUUGAGCCCAUCUACACCAAGCUUAAGGCGAGCAUUGGCGCAGAACAAUGGACCACCUACAAAGACUCUAUCACCAACUUCCUGAUCGGGCGACUCAACCAGGCCGAGUUCAGCGAGCGCAUCGAGCCAAUACUCGCCUCGCCCGACGGCUACAAAGAACAUCUCCACAACCAGCUCAUCGCGGCAAUAUACGGCAAUGUAACACGCGAGAUGCCCGACCAGGGCCUUGCGCCCUGGGUCAGCGCUAAUGACAAGCCGUCGACAACAACGGGGAGCAAGCCCGUGUCGGGGGAUGCCACCGAGAGGAGGUUAAAGGGGGAAGUCAUGCAGCUUCCAGCGCGGGACCGGAGGCGGAUCAAGGACCUGGUGCACAACGAUUUCGACCCCUACGAGUCUAUGGCCAAUUUAUUUGCGGACCCUGGCCGGAUGAAGCCUGCCAAGACGGCCGAGGUGCCGGCAAGUGCGGGCGGCCUAAGCCGAAUGAACUUUGACCUUGAGAUUCGCAAACGGUUUGCGCAACCAUUGGCGGUGGAGUCGGGAGAAUUCCCGGAUGUCAGUAACAUCGAGGCGCGGAUGCUGCCGUUUUGCUACGAGGCAGGCCUCGCGUCCGGCCAUGCACCGGAUGCGGCCCAGUUCAUGUCCAUUGCGACCGAGACGUUUGUCAAGGAGUUCUUGUCUUCAGUAUUUGGCCGUACGAGGAGCAACGGGCCGGGUGACGGGGGCAACGCCGGUUUUGGACCCAGUAGCAACUGGAUCAUGACGCACAGGUACCGGCGGCAGCUCAUGAGGGAGGAGGAAGCAGCCCAGCGAGGCGAGCUUACACGCGACAAAAGCGGGCUUUUACCCGUCGAGGCGAAAGCCGCCAGUGAGCGCGGCCCCCUGGGCAUGGCCGAUGUACGGCUUGCGCUGGAGAUGGGCGACUGCGGGCUGGCGAAUUUCCCCAUCAUCACCAAAUCAGUCAUCUACGCUUACCGGGAAGGCGAGCUGGAGAAUUGGGACGACUACACUUAUCUGGAUGGCCGACAAAGAGUGGUCGAGGAGGAAGACGAUGUCGAGAUGGGCGGAAUGAAUGGAGCCGGGAACGGACACGAGCCCUUGCCCAAUGGCGUCGGCCAUGGCGACCAGAUGGACAUUGACAACGACAUGUGGUGGGAAGGCGCCGACCCGGGCGACGGUGACUUUCUCAACGGAGUUCUCGACUCAUGUCUGGCGGUUGGCUGACAUGGCGGGGCGGUUUACAAGCGAUCAUCUUUCACCAUGUUUUCUUCUUGUCUCGCAGGAGUUUUCACAGGAUUGGGAGAACGGCGUUUUAUCAAAGGGACGGGCGGCCAUGGAGUUGCUUAUACUGGCGCAUUGCAUCGGCACUAGCAUUUGCUUGGACGGCUUCUUGUUCGCAAAGUGCCCUGUAUAACUGUUGGAUGGACUCACAAAAAGGGGCGGCGGGCACAUUCUUGGCGUCGAACUGGCACACCUGGUUUUGUGGGUUGAUUGAAGUGUAAUUCUACGAGCGAUACCCGAGAAGCCCUCGCGAGGACGGAGCUUCGAUACUGUUUCUCGUUGGAUGCGCAGCUGUAUCUUAGGACCUAAGGUAGUGUCUAGCGGCCAAUCUACUGUAAGUGACUUUCUGGAU